AUGCAGAGACAUCGUUCCGCAUCCAGUGCCCACGUCUCCACCUUGACCGCCAGCGAUACGGCGAGCCCAGAGCUGCGAGCACAGGGAGGCUCCAGGGCACAAGCACAGACUGCAGGACGCGACCACGCUCUGGCACCAGCAAAAACAGGCCAGUUGACAUUCUACCCGGCCUUCACGUUCAAAGCCUCGGCGACUUGGUCGAAAUGGGUGAAGCUCACCUGUCACGACGUCCACUCGGUCCUGAAACCACACGAUGAGUUCUCGACUGUUACCACUUCGACUGGCCGUGACCUCGAUGAGCCGAGUAGAACGUACGGUCGCAAGGACCUGCCGUUACUCCUGUUCUACCUCAACCACCCGAUACAGUUUGUGCAGGUCAUCGGUGUAGUGGUUGUGCUGGAGGAGUACUUUGAGAAGUUCUGGCUAUUUACCGUAGACGACGGCAGUGGAGCGACGGUCGACGUUACUUUCCCAAAGCCGGAGAAAGAAAAGACGCAGGGCACGGUCUCCAUGAGCUCUAAGCGCGAAGUCGAGCCCAACCCCACGUCUGUACGAGAAGAUGAAGCAGUCGGCGCAGAACAACACCUGCAGACCACCCUUUCCCUUCUCCGAAUCGGCACCGUAGUCCAAGCGAAAGGCACUCUCACGAUCUUCAGGCAAACCCGCCAACUCUCACUUAUCCGUCUGAACGUCCUCCUCAGUACCACCCACGAGAUGGCGCUCGUGUCCUCACGUUCACAAUUCUAUGCCUCAACACUGUCACGACCGUGGAUCCUCUCUCAAGAAGAACAGAUUAGACUACGCAUGGUGGCGCAGGGUGAAGGAGACGAGGCAGUCGAAUUAGCGAGGAAGAGAAGGAAGAGAGAGCAUCACAAACGGGCCAGGGAGGAGAGGCAUCGGAAGGUUAUCGAGCAGGAGUAUGCGCGGGAAGAAGAAGCGAGGAAGAAGGAGGCGGCAGAAGCGAAGAAAUGGGGCGACAUGUUGAAUGAGUCUCGCCAGAAAGCACCGACACCUGAGCAAGAGGUCUGGAUUACGGUUGAGUGA